CUUCACCCGGAUCACAAUUCUGCCAAACCCAUUUUUUCUUAUACUAGUCAAUUACCAAGCAUGUCAGGAAUCCUCCACAAGAUAGAAGAAACACUCCACAUCGGAGGCCACAAGGAAGGAGACAAACAUGACGAUAAACACAAGGAAGAAAAACACCAUGACGAUAAGCACAAGGAAGAAAAGCACCACAAAAAAGAGGAUGGGCAUAGUGGAGAGCACAAAGAAGGGAUUGUUGAGAAGAUAAAGGAGAAGAUCCAUGGAGAUGAAAGUGGAGAGCACAAUCACAAGGAUGGAGAGGAGAAGAAGAAGAAGAAGAAGAAGAAGGAUAAGAAGGAAAAGAAGCAUGAUGGACAUGAUAGCACCAGCAGCAGCGACAGUGAUUAGAUCUCAUUCCUAUGCUACUUUGUUUUAUAGAUCUAUAUGUCUAUCUAUGUACCAGUUCUCUCCCUUGUUUAAUUUCCUCCUAUGUUUUAAUAACUUUUAUGGAAUUUUAUUGUGUGAA